AUGGAUGAACUAUUUGGCUUGCGUAAUCUCUUUUAUACAGGUUCCUUUCAGCAGGUGAUAAAUGAGGGUAGUAGUCGCACAUCUGUUUCAGAAAGCGCAAAGUUAGAGCGCAAAAUAUAUCUAUAUCGUGCUUACGUAGCUCAAGGCAAGCAUAAUAUUGUUAUUACCGAAAUAAAGGAUUCUGAUCCGAUAGACUUGCGCGUAGUUAAGACUCUGGCUGUAUACUUACAGUCUAAAAGUGGUAGUCAAGCUUCUGAAACAAAAAAAGAGGAAGCUCUUAAAGAACUUAAAGAGAUACUGAGUGAUGCUGCAAAUAUGUCAAAUUCAACAGUUCAAGUCAUUGCUGGUAUGGUUUAUUAUCGUGAAGGUUUAUUUGAGGACGCAUUGAAAAUCUUGGUUCGACAUAAUAGGAAUUUAGAAUGUGUAGCGUUGAUAAUCCAAAUAUAUCUACAAUUGGAUCGCUUAGAUCUUGCAAAAAGAGAGAUCGCAGCGACAAAAACUUGGGCAGAAGAUGCAAUGCUUGCACAAUUAAUAGAAGCAUGGGUUGGAUUGAGAACUGGUGGCGACAAAUAUCAAGAAGCAUAUUAUAUUUACGAAGAAAUUGCUCAAUCACCAUCAUCCAACACGGUUAAAGUGUUGAAUGGGCAAGCAGUAUGUAAUAUUCAUCUUGGUAGAUAUCCGGAAGCUGAGAGCUUAUUGUUGGAAGCAUUAAACAAAAACAACGAUGACCCAGAUACUCUUGUCAACUUAAUUGUUGUGUCUAAUUUAAUAGGGAAACCUACAGAAGUUGUCAAUCGAUAUACCACACAACUUAAAGAAACUGCACCUAAUCAUGUAUUUUUGCAAGACCUUGACCUUAAAACGAGUUUAUUUGAUCGUUCGGCGCAGAGGUUUGCACUCGCAUAG